UAGAAGAAAUUAACUGAUCGUAAUUGCGCCAGAUUUUCUUUUUUUCGUGUGCGUUUGUUUACUAUUUUGAAAAAGCUAUAAAGCGGCAAAUCCACAUGGUUUAAAUGAACAUGAUAAAGAAAUGGAUAAAUGUUCCGAGACAUCGCCAGUGCAUCCUGAAAAAACUGGAUUGGAAUCAGAGGCACCUCUUAUCAGUCGAAAAGAAAAAUUAAGUCGUGAGAUUGCACAACUUGUGUUUUACAAUCCUGGACCUUCAACAAAAGAUCUUUUGGGUUUUAGACCAGAGUAUAGCAAUAGAGAGAAGAGAAAAUUAAAUCGACUAAUAAAAGAUAAUAUAAAUGAUGAGAAAAAUCCUAAGAAAAAUGGAAAAUCGCCAUUAUAUGAUAACAUCGGCGUUUUUUUGGAAACAGGAAAAGAUGUAUGCGACUGUUUAAUUGAAGAAUGUAGUGGUUGCCAUUUUCCAUGCCCUCAAUGUCAGUCUACAAAAUGUGGUUCCGUGUGUCGAUGCAGUCGAAAAUGGGCGUAUGAUUCAGUUUAUUUUGUUACAAAAUAAUAAAAUGAUUUGCGUUUUUAUCAUUCUCGUAAAAAUAUCAUUACAAUAGCUAAAAAACAAAACAGAAAAAUGGUUCUUUACAACGUUCUACGAUAUCUUAAAACGUUUUCAUCAAAUAUACGUUGUUUUGAAUGGAAGUUUUUUUAUUUCUUAUUCAUUUGGAUAAUGAUUAGCUGUUAAACUAAAAAAUAUUUAUGUAAAUAUUUAUGUAGUAAAAUUUAAAUAAUUCAACUUUA